CGGCAGCCGGAAGUCCCGCCUGUCGUGUAGUGUCGCGGUCGUUGUUGUUGUGGUCGGUUUAGGUUAUCUCCGCGGCUCCGAGAGCCGGCUCCAUCCACUCCCCGCCGCCAUGAAGUGGAUGUUCAAGGAGGACCACUCUCUGGAACACAGAUGCGUGGAAUCCGCGAAGAUUCGAGCGAAAUAUCCCGAUCGGGUUCCGGUGAUUGUGGAAAAAGUCUCAGGCUCUCAGAUCGUCGACAUUGACAAGCGGAAGUACUUGGUUCCCUCUGACAUCACUGUGGCUCAGUUCAUGUGGAUCAUCAGGAAAAGGAUCCAGCUUCCUUCUGAGAAGGCCAUCUUCCUGUUUGUGGAUAAGACAGUCCCACAGUCCAGCCUAACUAUGGGACAGCUUUAUGAGAAGGAAAAAGACGAAGAUGGAUUCUUGUAUGUGGCCUACAGCGGAGAGAACACUUUCGGCUUCUGAGGGCCAGGCCGGGCGAGGUGCGCCGUUUCCUGCUUGUGUAUCUUGUAAAUAGCUGGCCGUUUUCAGUUAAACCAGAAUCUCUUCACAGACCUGUUAGUGCGUUUGUAACUGGAUUUAUUUCUUAAUAUAUUGGAAGGUUUUGUUUCCUUAGAUUAGUAAAUUAUCAUACAGAGUUUUAUUUUGAGUUUUUUUUGUGUGCACUGUCUUCAUGGCUAUACUGUCCAGGGAACUUAUUCCUCUGGGAAUCAUAUUUAAUAAAGAUAUUUCCAUAUUGAAGUGAGGUAGGUGUUGUAUUAAAGUGAAAGGAAAGGAGAUGAUACAUUUAUUCUGGAUUAUGUUUGAAGUGUUAGAUGGCUAAGUAUUAAAAGCAUCCAAAUUAAAUCCUUAGCAAUCAGAACACUUGCUUCACUAGAUUUUGCCAACUGCCAAUCAUGUUGGACUGAGCUAAACCUGUUCCUCUUUCUGAAACUAUGAAAAUAAAUAAUUAACAAUAAAAUUUCCUCUUAUAAAGGCA